AUGGUCGGAAGAAUUGUCCUUCUUUCUGUUUUCUUCCGAUGUUUCAAUGGAGUUCGAAGAAGCGGUUUGCCUGAAAAAAUCCAAGUUUCCCACCAUCAAAACAAGAUUUUCAGGUAAAUUUCAAAAGAUUGAUUUGUUUGCUAAAUGUACGUGUGGUUGCGACUUUUUUAUAAUAGAAAUUUAUUGAAGCAAAAAACUAAAAAUACAAAAAGUUACACUCUACACAAUUAGAACACAAAGACAAAACAAUUUACAAUUGCUAAAACACAGCUAAAAUAACCUAGGAAAUUGACCCGAAGAAAACCUAAUGAAAACCGUUUCCUAAUCAAUGUGGCAACGCACAAAACACCUAACAAAAACUGCAGACAACUGCACACACAAAAAAAAAUUGACAGAAAAACGAAAAAAGAUAGGCGUCUCAUGCCGCCACCUCUGCCACGUCACACGCACGUGAAAUAAAUUAAUAUAUAAAAAUAUUGAUUCUUUUUAUCUCUUUUAUUUAUUCUUUUUUUUACUACAUUUCGUAACAGCAUUAUCAACGUCAAAGUGGUUUGGCACCAAAAUGAGAAAAUAAAUUAUCAGAAAAAACCCGUUUUCGCGGGGAUACAGCCAAAUUUUACAUAAUACACACAAGCAUUCGCCCUCUAAUUUUUUUCGCUGCGAGAUAUCGCAGUUGGGUAAAUCAGCGCCUUUUUAUUUCAAUCGAUUUUUUUUUGUUUUUUACGCAAAACCGGCGUUUGUGCUUAAUUUGUGAAUGUCGAGUAUUACUAGCUAUUUAUCGAUUUUAUUUUUUGCAGCACAUACGACAUCUCCCACCCACUCACUAGUUUAGAUUAUUUCAUAGGGCAUAAUUUUCUUCGAGCAAAAUUGGGAAUUUUUGGAGGUAGCUGAAUUUCCGCCAUUUCCAAAAUUCGGAUCGAUUCUGCUCAACAAAUUCGCCGAAAAUCAACCGGCUUCCAUCGAUUUGUGGCGACAAAUUCGUUUGAAGGGUCCGGUGGAAUCGAAGAAUUGUCCACUGCUUACAACACUCAUGCAAUGGAAGUUCAACUAUUUGGCGGUUUGCCUGCAAAAAUCAUCAAGUUUCGCCAAACUAUCAAAACAAUAAAAUUCGAAGGAUAAAGGUGCAAGAUUUUGCUGGUUUAAAUGUACGUGUGAAUUUGCGUGACUUUAUAAUAGAAAUUUAUGUGAAUGCAAUUAUAAACAAACAUAUUCUGAAAAGUUACACUAAUCAAUUAGAACACAAAUGACAAAACAAUGUUGAGCAAUUGCUAAAUACACAGCUAAAAUAAUUCCCUAGGAAAUUGACCCGAAGAAAACCUAAUGAAAAAUGUUGAGCAAUAACGGCGAAAUUCCCGAAUUUCAAAACACCUAACAAAAACCUGAAAACUGCACACACAAAAAACAGAAAACGAAAAAUGAACAUUCUACGCCGCUACCUGCCACGUCACACGUGCACGUGAAAUAAAUUAAUAUAAAAAUAUUGAUUUUAUGCAGCUCUUUUAUUUGAACAUACUACAUUUCGAUGAAACACCGGUUGAUUUUCAACGGCGAGUGGCUGAAGAUCCAAAAUGAGAAAAUAAAUUCAAAACCCGUUUUCGCGGGGAUACCGUACACACACACAAGCACGCUCCCUCAUGAUUUCUCAAUGGAAAUUCGCUGCGAGAUAUCGCAGUUGGGUAAAUCGGUGCGCCUUUACCUUUCAAUCGAUUUUUUUUUGUUUUUUACGCAAAACCGGCGUUUAACUUGGAUACGUCGAGUAUUACAGCUAUUUAAAUUUAGGCAGCAUACGACAUCUGGAGAAAGAAGGUAAGACUUUUCAGUCGAAUUUUCAUUGAAAAAUCAUGAUUUUCAGGAUUUCCGCCAAAAUCAACCGGAUCUUCGCCAAUUUCGCCGAAAAUCAACCGGAUUCCACUGAACACAUGCCGAUGGCAUGCUUAGCAACAGCUGCAAUAGUUUCAACUUCUUCAAACCAUCAUCAAAAAUAA